CCUACUUACUUGUUAGACAAGAACGACGACCAGUAAGACCGCGAGGGCAACGUCUUGUCCGAAUUCUGCGCGCGUAUUUCGGUGUUCAUUCAUAGAUAUUUUUUUCAUCGGCUGAAUUAAGUGUAUAUGAACACACAUGUGCAGAUGCGAGUUUAACCCUAGAAUAGUGGGUGGAUGGCCCUGUGGUAGUGAUGAGUAUCCUGACGUCAUAGGCUUUUAGUAGCUAGUGGAACGUUCAGAGGACGGUCGGCGGCCAGCCGUCGUGACGAUUCUGCGCAUUUGUUCACCACGCAGCUGUCAGAGAGGUGGACGUUUGGUUGCUGUUGUGGUUCGGUUCCGCGUAUAGUUAAUAUAAUUGCAGCUAAAUGGGAGAGUUUUUGCACAUGUAGAUCUUGCUAGAGAGCUUGCGUUGCUACGAUUCUUGGCGGUCGAGUGUGAUUAUCGAAAGUUUGUUGCACUUUGCCUGCAGUAGACGGUGAAAUAUUGUUCAAGGCGGCAUCGGUAAUUAGAAGCAGCCAGGGACUACAUCAUACAUCACGGAUGACGCUCGGUUAGUCUUGUCUGGUAUUGAAGAAAGCUGCUGCUGAGGGAUGGCGCCUACCGAAAACGAAAUUCGGUACUGCUCCAAUCAGCUGCCGGCAGCUUUGAACGGUUCUCAACACAAGACUGAGACGUACGAGUUCGAAACACAACCGUUGAACUCGGGAAAACACCCUGAAUCGGGGCAGGUGCCUAAAAAGUCCAUCUCCUGGCGAGAUGGCAUUCCUCAGAUCUCGGCCACCGUAUUAGUCAACCUAAUCGUAGUUCAAGCAGGCAUAAACAUGACCUACUCGGCGAUCUUACUGCCGCAGCUAUCGGCCCCGGACAGCACAAUCCAGAUCGAUAAAGACGAAGCAUCGUGGAUUGCCAGCGUAGUGACGAUAGCUCUGCCGAUAGGAUCGCUGAUUGUUGGCCAACUGAUGGACAGGUAUGGUCGGAAGAAGGUUUCGCUGGCAACCUGUGUCCCGUUUGCCAUCGGUUGGGCCUUGAUAGCCGUUGCAAAGGACGUCAACGCGAUCUACAUCGCACGAAUAAUACUUGGAAGUUCCGGUGGACUGACGACUGUGGCGUUGGUCUACGUGAGCGAGUUGUCACACGUAUCAAUGCGAGCGAUGCUGUUAUGUUUGAACAGCGUUUUUGUAUCGUUCGGUAUUCUGCUAACGUGUGUUCUAGCGCUUUUCUUGGAUUGGCGAUCGAUUGCCAUGGUAUUUACUGCGUUUUCUUUAGUAACCUUCAUCCUAAUUCUAAUCGUACCGGAAUCUCCCCAUUGGCUGUUAACUUUUACAAAACGUGAUCCUUCCGAAGUACGGGAAGUCAUGCAUUGGGUCUACAGAAAACGGAGCCUCGCCGAAGAACAGUUUUAUCAACUGAUCUCAACGGAGCGUAGUCCACAGCGAUCAAUCGCUGACUCUACGCCCAACCAGUUUACCCUGAAGCUCUAUCUUCAACCGAGGGUUUAUCGACCACUGAUGAUUCUACUACUGCUGUUUGUAUUUCAGCAGCUCUCCGGAGCUUAUGUUCUAAUCUUCUAUGCUCUGAACGUGUUCAUGGAGAUCGGGGGUUCGCAAGCACAAGGCUUUAACGAAUACAAUGCCUUGGUAUUCCUUGGUCUGAUUCGAUUUAUCAUGUCAAUUCUGACAUCCGGGUUCUCGCGUAAAUUUGGACGACGACCUCUAUUGAUCACAUCGGCCAGUACCAUGGGCUGCUUCGCUACAAUUGCUGCCCUGUAUUUGCAUUUCAUCCGAAAUGCCGGUCGGGAAAGCUACCCAAUCGCGGGAAGCUACCUUCUGCUGGCGUGCGUUCUGGGAUACGUUUGCUUCAGUGCCCUUGGAUAUCUGGUUCUACCGUGGACCAUGAUCGGCGAAGUGCUCCCCACCGAUGUAAAGGGCAAACUGGGAGGAUUCGUUGUGUCCGUAGCGUAUGUCCUGAUGUUCUUCGUUGUCAAGGCAUUCCCGUACCUCUUGGAUCUGGUGGCAAUCCAGGGUAUUUUCUAUCUAUUCGCAAUCACGAGCUUUGCCGGAGUGAUCUACGUAUACGGCUGGAUCCCGGAAACGUUCGGCAAGAGUUUCCAGGAAAUUGAGCAAUACUUUGCCGAUAAGGACUAAGCAAUUGCACAAUUGGCGUACUUAACACGAAACGCAUCGAAUUAUCAAAUCAGAGUUCAAAUUUGUUGUCUUCCAUAGAUGACUAUAACAGUAGGUAAGAUUUAUAUAAGCCAAACGAUUCAAGAUUUUAAAAGACACAGCAGUACCAUAGCCCACUGACUACAAGUAGAUUGAACUGUGAUUAUUUUUUACCAAAACCGUUUCCCGCGAGAUUCAUAAUAGCUACGAUGAAUGUGAUGCAAAUGUAGAAUACAUCAUUGGAAUUGUAUUAUUUAUAGAGUAAUAUACGUAGACACAGAGUGAA